AUGGGGACAUGUUACUCCAAGUCAGGUCAUGAUGCUGCGGAGGGGAACUCUAAGAACCAGCCUCUCUCCAAAGAAUCCGGGCGCCACCAACCAAACGGAUCUCUCUACGUCUAUCGACCCGGCAAAGAUCAUGGCUCCUCUCAGUCAGCUUCUGCAUCUCAAUCGGGCAAUGUAGGCAGCCAGGACAAAGGGGAAGAGGUUCUCAAAAUUAAUACAAUCGACAGUGGCAUCGAGAGCCUGACCUCUUCGCAGUGUAAUAAAGAGCUGAAAGAACUUGCCGAGAACAGUGAGCUUCGUGAAGCAACAGACACCUUUGAGCUCAUUGACAAUGGCCCAUGUGCUUGCGGGGAGAACUGUGAUGUGAAUGGUCAGUGCAAAUUUGAGUGCCUGUCCAAGCUGCCCGAGAGCAAUGUUGAGUGGACAUCUGGCCAUGGCCGGCCACUCUCUCAACCAGCCCGCAAGUGCAUAGAGUCCAGCAUUCCACUUAUUCAUCGUAAGUCCCGUUGUAAAGGACGGAUAGAGCGCAAAUCGAGCCGGCUUUCCUGGAAGUCGACGGACAGCCUUGACUGGACCCGGACCAUGGUGACCACCAUGGACCGCACUACUAGUCAGGUGUCAGAUAUAUUUGUCGAUGACAUCAGUCUGCAUGCCCCCCUGGCUCAUUUUGACUCUAUUGAGUUCUCUGGUGAGGAUAAGGACAGCGACGCAAAUGGUGCUCCAAAGGCUUGUUUGAAGACGGUUGUUGCCGUGACCGCAAACAGUAGUGAAAUCGAGUCAUCCACUUGCAGUACCACGAUCUUGAUCUCAAAUGAUAAGCCGGCCAGUGAGAAGCAGGCCGAGAAUGUAGAAAGCACAAGUGUCCAGUCCACUGACCGCACAAGCAAGGAUAUCAACAUUGAGGAAAUUGUUAAGAAGCAGUUGUCCAGUCAGUCACUCCUCGGAUCAAGGGAAGGUGAAAGUUCCAGCCUGGCCGGAUCCCUCCUGAAUUUCCCCCCCAAGUCAGAGGUUACAUCAGUGGUCGUGGAUGGCAAAGAGGUUGUGCUGAUUGAUGCAGAUACGUAUUCGCAAGUAAUGGACGAAAUUGCUUUACUCAAGACGAAACUAGGACAAUUGACGAGUGUCAUCCAGACGGAGUCGUUGAAUUACUGCGAUCCAGCUAAUAUUCAGAGUACUGCUUGGCUGACUGGGACAAUGGACACAUCGUACAGUUAUGAUCAGAACAUUGGUGGUGCUCCAGCUGUUUUGGGUAGUGUUGGUGAGCAAUUGAUUGACAACACCUCAUCCUCCUCAACAGAACAAAAGGGUUCAGAUUUCACUUCAUCAACACCACAUGUGGUUGCAGAUCCCUCAUCAUCAUCCGAGAAAUGUCCUGCCGACGUCUCUUUGUUGGCCGAGAAAUUGGUUGCAGAGGUGCUGCCUGCUUCAGCAGCACAGCUUGCCAUGAUGGCUCCAAGUUCUGCAAUUCCCCAGGAUGUUGAAAACAGUCCCACAGAGAUCCUGGAUCCACCGCCUCCAGAAUGUGCACAGGAGCAAAUCGAUUCCCUCUCAGCUCCUACCAGUUCUGAAGGUCAAACACUGGCAGCAGACCCCAGUACAAAUGCAGAAAAUACAUCCUCUAAGACAUGA